AUGGCCAGUCCAAGCGGAAGCAGCGCUGACGGAAGCGGGAAAGCUCAAGAGGCUCCACAAACAUCAGAAAAAGCUCGUGAGGUUCUUGCGGACGAUUACUAUUUCAUGGGCAUAGCUGGUCUGGCGGCCAAGAAAAGCAAAGAUCCGAUGACACAGGUGGGUGCUUGCAUAGUGAACCAGGAGAAAAAGAUUGUGGGGGUCGGCUACAAUGGGAUGCCAAGAGACAGUAAAAAUCUGCCCUGGUCCCGAAAUGCAGAGAAAGAAGAGGCAGAGAGAAAGUACCUCUACGUGUGCCACGCAGAGCUCAAUGCCAUCAUGAACAAGAACAGCGCAGACCUGAAAGGCUGCACCAUGUACGUGACCCUGUUCCCCUGUAACGAGUGCGCCAAGCUGAUCCUCCAGGCAGGGAUCAAGGAAGUGGUGUAUUUCUCAGAGAAGAAUGACACACCGGCUAGUACAGCAGCGUCAAAGAAGAUGCUCGAAGACGCAGCAGUCCCCCUCAGGAAAUUCGAACCCAAGGAAGCGAUUGUGAUUGAUUUCUCAAAACUGCAACACCACUCAGCCAAAUAA